AUGCCAUCACGCAUAGUGAACCAGGAGGAGCGAAGCAAGGACGGGCCUGAACCUUUGCCAGACGCAUCAGAGGACGAGAGAACGGUGACGAUCACCCGGCGCGAAAGCAAGGAGGAGGAGACAAUACUGGAGAUCCUAGAGGAGACCUACGCUCUCCGCAAUGAACUCGACGAUGAGGCGGACGAGCUCCUAAAAAACGACCAAAAGAGGAGGGAGAAGGCGGACGCCCUGGCCAAGCGCAUGGAGGCGGCCGUGGGAGAGUAUGCGGAAAUCGCCAGGCCCGAGAGAUGCGCGGACCUGAAGGUGUCGGGGCUCGACGAGUCGGUGACACCGGAGGAAGUGAGGGAGGCGAUAGCCAAGAAAGGGGGAUGCGCGGAGCGCGAGAUCACCGCGGGGGAAUUGCACCCAGGACCGGGAGGGAUGAGGGGGACGCUGGUCCGGUGCCCUGCAUGGGCCGCAAAGAAGGUGGCAGAGGGGAAGCUCAGAGUAGGGUGGAACCUCGCAAAGCGGCCCAUGUGGGACACCGAACCACUGUCCCCCCCCAUGCCUCCUGGUCCUGGGUACACUCCCCCUGCCGUCACCGCGCUGUAG